GCGGUGAUGAUGGGGCGCACACAGCGGCGCUGGGGAGGGACGGACGGCGGCUCACCGCCGUACCGCAGCAGCCCCGCUCCAGCCCGCCAGGUGGCGCUGUGGCGCGCGGCCCGCGCUCCGCGCAUGCGCUCAGGGCGGGCAGCCGGAAGGGGAAGGGGCCGCUGCCAUCUUGGCCCGGGCGCAGCGCAUCCGCCAUGGAUUCGGGCGCGGGGGCGCGGAAGGAGCGGCCGAAGCCACGGGAGCCAGCGGCUCGCCUGGAGAAGGCCAAGCAGAGGUCGGCACAGCAGGAGCUGAAGCAGCGGCAGCGGGCGGAGAUCUACGCCCUGAACCGGGUGAUGACAGAGCUGGAGCAGCAGCAGUUCGACUCCUUCUGCAAGCAGAUGCAGGGAUCUGGGGAAUGACAGCCCAGCCCCUGCCCUGCCCCCCACCCCCCUUUUCUAAUCCCCCGGUAUUUAUUAUCAAAUUGCUCUUUUUAUAUCAAUAAAGUCUGUGCUGGUU